GAUACGAGUGAUCGGACAAAGCUCCCUCACUCUCGGGAUCUGUUCUUCGCAUUUUCUCUUCUCUGAGAAAAAAAAAAUGCCGCACGGAACUCUGGAAGUUCUUCUUGUCAAUGCCAAGGGUCUCGAGGACACGGAUUUUCUGAAUAACAUGGACCCUUAUGUGGUUAUCACUUGCCGAACUCAAGAUCAGAAGAGCAGUGUUGCGUCAGGACAGGGUUCGGAUCCGGAAUGGAACGAGACAUUCAUGUUCACUGUUACCGAAGGAACUUCAGAGCUGAGAAUGAAAAUCUUGGACAAGGAUACGUUCACCGAGGAUGACUUUGUUGGUGAAGCAACAAUACCGUUGGAGCCGGUUUUCAUCGAAGGAAAAAUAGCGCCAAUAGCGUACAAUGUGGUCAAAGAAGAAGAAUACAAAGGAGAGAUUUGGGUCGGCCUCAGUUUCACCCCCGAGGAAACUCGUAGCUUGGAUUUCGAGGAGUCCUAUGGAGGGUGGAAGCAUUCUGAAGCAUCAUACUAAGACAUCCACAGAAAUCUCUUCGUUGAGGAAGUGAACGAGUUUGGUUUUUGUUGAGAGAAUGCUGUCUUUGCGUUCAGCCCUGAUUUGGACUCUUUUUUUUUUAAUUAUCGGGAAAACUCGUCUUAAUUGUUGCAAGUCUGAUUUGGGUGUGGGCUUUGAAUGAACAUUCAGCGUUUCUUGUGUCUCAAGUUUCUAAAACAUCAAACUUUCUGUGUUUCA